UCAAAACGUCAAAAAUGACCGGGCGAGAGGAAUGUCAUUUGUUGUCUGAUAAAUAAAUUUAAGUUAAUCGUUUGUAGAUAUUUUAUUUUCUUGUAAUAUUUCUUGUACAUAAGGAUAUAAUGGAUACCAAAGUAGCAGUCGUCACAGGAAGUAAUCGUGGUAUUGGAUUUGAGAUUGUAAAAGGUUUAUGCCGUAAAUUCGAUGGUGUUGUGUACCUCACAGCUAGAAAUGAAGAAAGAGGAAGACAAGCUGUGAAACAGUGUGAAGAAUCUGGACUCCAUCCCGCCUUCCACCUCCUAGAUGUCACCAGUGAAGAGAGCUUACAACAGUUUGCCGAACACAUCACAAGAAAUCACUCUGGCAUCGAUGUAUUGGUGAAUAACGCUGGCAUAUUGGACUUCGAUAAAUCAGUUUCAAAUUAUGAAGACAGUAAAAGACUCAUAGAUACAAAUUUUAUGAGCUUACUCACAGUGUCGAAAAUACUAUAUCCACUUUUAAAAAACGAUGCCCGUGUUAUUAACAUCAGCAGUGAUUGGGGUUUGUUAUCUAACAUUAAAAAACAAAUUUGGCUCGAUACAUUAGUCAAAGAGGAUCUAACAGUAGAUGAAAUUCUGCAGUUUGUGAAUGACUUCCUGCAGGCAGCAAAAAAUGGGAAGAUUCCAUUUAUUUCCUAUGCUGGGCAUUAUGGUGACUACAAAGUAUCAAAAGUGGCAAUGUCAGCUUUAACAUUUGUGCAACAGAGACAGUUUUUAAGAGAAGGAAAAGAUAUAUCAAUAAACUGUGUUCACCCAGGUUUUGUUAAAACGGAUAUGACUAAAGGCAUGGGGGACUUCACUCCGGAGCGAGGUGCCCACGCCCCCCUGUACCUGGCCAUGGACGCCCCACAGACUCUCAAGGGAACAUUUAUGUGGCACGACUGCCAUCAAGUCAACUGGGACGACUGAAACAACCCCAAAAGCAUGUUACUGAAACUACUAUGUUGAGACAGUGAUAAAAGUGUUAUACACUCUAAAUCAUUCAUAAUAUAUUUUAUCUUUUUCUGCAAUCA